CACUGGACCUAAAUGGCGCAGCAUGACUUUGUUCCUGCUUGGCUAAAUUUCUCAACACCACAGUCAGCUAAGUCACCUACAGCCACCUUUGAAAAGCACGGAGAGCACCUACCACGAGGAGAUGGUAGAUUUGGAGUAAGCCGUCGAAGACAUAAUUCCUCUGAUGGCUUUUUUAACAAUGGGCCUCUGCGAACUACAGGAGAUUCCUGGCACCAACCCUCCCUGUUCCGUCAUGAUUCUGUGGACUCUGGUGUCUCUAAGGGAGCAUAUGCUGGAAUCACAGGGAACCUGUCUGGUUGGCAUGGCUCUUCACGAGGUCAUGAUGGCAUGAGCCAGCGUAGUGGAGGUGGCACAGGGAACCAUCGCCACUGGAAUGGCAGCUUCCAUUCCCGGAAAGGCUGUGCCUUUCAGGAAAAGCCACCUACAGAGAUUAGGGAAGAAAAGAAAGAAGACAAGAUGGAAAAGUUGCAGUUUGAAGAAGAAGACUUUCCUUCUUUGAAUCCAGAAGCUGGCAAACAGAAUCAGCCAUGCAGACCUAUUGGGACCCCUUCUGGAGUGUGGGAAAACCCACCUAGUGCCAAGCAACCAUCCAAAAUGUUAGUUAUCAAGAAAGUUUCCAAAGAAGAUCCUGCUGCUGCCUUCUCUGCUGCAUUCACCUCACCAGGAUCUCACCACGCAAAUGGGAACAAACCAUUAAUCACAGUUCCAAGUGUUUAUAAGAACCUGGUCCCUAAGCCUGCACCCCCUCCUUCCAAGCCAAGUGCGUGGAAAGCCAACAGAAUGGAACACAAAUCAGGAUCCCUUUCCUGUAGCCGGGAGUCUGCUUUUACCAGUCCAAUCUCUGUUACCAAACCAGUAGUGCUGGCUGGUGGUGCAAUUCUAAACUCUCCCAAAGAGAGUCCCUCAAGCACCACUCCUCCAAUUGAGAUCAACUCCUCUCGUCUCACCAAGUUAACCCGCCGAACUACCGACAGGAAAAGCGAAUUCCUGAAGACUCUGAAGGAUGACAGGAAUGGAGACUUCUCAGAGAACAGAGACUGUGACAAGCUGGAGGAUUUGGAGGACAACAGCACACCUGAACCAAAGGAAAAUGGAGAGGAAGGCUGUCAUCAGAAUGGUCUUGCUCUCCCUGUAGAAGAGGAAGGAGAGGUCCUCUCACAAUCUUUAGAAGCAGAACACAGGCUACUGAGAGCAAUGGGAUGGCAGGAAUAUCCUGAAAAUGAUGAGAAUUGCCUGCCCCUCACAGAAGAUGAGCUCAAAGAGUUUUACAUGAAGACAGAACAGCUGAGAAGAAAUGGCUUUGGGAAGAAUGGCUUCUUGCAGAGUCGCAGUUCCAGCCUCUUCUCCCCUUGGAGAAGCACUUGUAAAGCAGAGUUUGAAGACUCAGAAACGGAAACCAGUAGCAGCGAAACAUCAGAUGACGAUGCCUGGAAGUAGGCAUAUAGACACUCACAGUUAAAAUAUGAUACAGGAAACUCAGCUUGUGUGUUUAGGGAUACAAAAGAAAUCAUUCUUUUUCUUAGGUUGUCAAAUACUUCACGCACAAGGGAAAUAAUCGUAUCCCAAAGAGAGCUAUCAGCUUGUUUAGCUUUUGGUGUUGUUCUUCCCUGUUAUCUACUUAAUAGAGAGACGUUUGUGUGGUGAGAAAGAUUUUUAACACACACAUACACGCAGUAUCUAUGGGGCGAUGCACAAGUGGGAGCUGGCAGUGCAGAGGAGACACUGGUCUACAGCAACAGCUUCUACUACCAGCCCUUGGGGCACUCACCCCUGUGCUCAAGCAAUCAUUGUCAAUGACAAAGUGACUAUUGAAGUUUUAAUUGUAUUAAAUUAAUGCUAAUAAUUUGGAUAUUUUAUUUUAUUUUUGGCUGCUCGGGUAACGUUAGCCCUUAACUAAGCAUAUGUGGUUUUCUUUUUUUUUUCCUUUUUGGGUACAGCUGUAUAAUAUUUGGAUAUAGGAAAUGUUGUGUUAUUCUUGCAGCCUUGAUAUUCAGGGUGGAUUGUAAAAUAUAAAUUUUUGUGAGAUUUCAAAGAUUAAGAUUAUUUUGAUAACAUUAUUUACAGAUUUAAAAGAUGUGGUUAUCAUAAGUCUGUUGAGGGGGAAUAACUACUGCAUAAAAUAACUAACUUGGAAUAAAUAUUUUGCAUC